AUCUGUUUGGAUAAUAAAACCCCCUUCCCCAAAAAGAAAGAAGACUCACUCACACAUUUCAAGGAUCGUCAACAACACAAGAAUCCACUAACGACAAUGCAACCCCAGAAAACCCUACCGGAAUCCGACCUACCAUCACUCGCCGCCAUCAAAGUGAAAUCCUCCUCACCUCGUUUCCGCCCCACCGCAAACCCUUCCGCCACCGAAACCCCCACCGCCGGCGCCCAACGCCGCAUCGGCAUCGCCGUCGACCUCAGCGACGAAAGCGCCUUCGCCGUUAAGUGGGCCGUCCACCAGUACAUCCGCCCCGGCGACGCCGUGAUCCUCAUCCACGUCCGCCCUACUUCCGUCCUCUACGGCGCUGACUGGGGCUCCGUUGACCUCUCAAUCGUUGACACUGACGAUGAAGCUUCGAAGCUCAAACUCGAAGACGAUUUCGACACUUUUACGACGACUAAAGCUGCGGACCUAGCGCAGCCUCUGGUGGACGCGCAUAUACCGUAUAAGAUCCAUAUUGUGAAAGAUCAUGAUAUGAAAGAGAGGCUGUGCUUGGAGGUUGAGAGGUUGGGGUUAAGUGCGGUUAUUAUGGGGAGCCGAGGGUUCGGUGCCACCAAACGGGGCAGUGAUGGGCGGCUUGGGAGUGUGAGUGAUUACUGUGUGCGUCAUUGUGUGUGUCCGGUUGUCGUUGUCAGGUAUCCGGAUGAGAAGGAUGCAGCAGUUGCCACUGUUUCUGAUGAUGUGCCCAAAUAAACAUAUAGAGGGAAUGCUCUCUGUGUGACUCUUUCAUUUAAGGCUGAGCAGGAGGCAUUUUUUUCGUGUUUGAAUUUGGAUAUUAUGAUGUAUGAGGUGUGUCUGAGGUAGAAACUGAUGCUAGUUACUAUAAUGAUCAAGUCUUGCAUCUACCAGUUGUGUGUAAACUGGAUUCUGUGUGACAUAAACUUAAGUGUAAUAUAACUGUGUUUAAUCAUGUAACCAUGUCUGUUUUAUUUUUUUA